AUGUGGAAGCCUCUGCCAUGGACCGCCAGGGCUGCAUCUGGCUAUCCGCAACGAGAAUGCUUCUUUUGCUGCACCACCAGCAUCAUAUUGCCGCCUUACAAUCCGCACAGCGCAUAUGAAGGCAGAUCAAGUGAUACACCUCAACCUCCACACGCCGUAUCAACAUCGCCUAGCACUUCAACUAUCUCCACCGGCACACCUGCGAACUGGUUCUGUUCGAACUGCCAGUGCCAGAAUGUCGCCAAUCAAGACGGAACGCCAGUCGAGCAAUACACUAGACCAAUGUGGGACGAAGCCUGGAACCGCGACCGAAGUCUGUUGCUGCGUCACACAAGUCCUCAGACUACCAUACCCACCUCAGCAUCGCCAAGCUACCGUCCGAAGAUUCCACAGACGGGUGCCAAUGGCAAAAGCACUUUCACGUUUUGCCACACGUGCCGGACAAACCAGGUUCUCACCCUCAAUAUGCUAGCAGACUAUUUGCCAGGUGAAGAGGAUCCAGAAUAUGCUGAAAAGCUCCGAUGCCUUCCUGAAUACGAAACAUCACUAGUUUCGAGGUACCCGCCAGUCUGCUCUGACUGCGCACCCGAGGUGCAGCAGAGAAUCACGGAGCGCGAUCAGUUUGCUCGCAGUUGGAGCCUCGGCAAGUGGCUCGACCUCAAAAAGGAAGUCUCCAAUGGCGACUCUGUCGAUCCUUUUCACCAUUCAUCGCCAGUUCCGGACACUCGACCCGCCCAAGCAAUCCCAGUGCCUCCGCCCUCUGUCGUCUCACCAAGGCGAUUAUGGGAAAGCGUGAGAAGUCCUAUUAAGAAGUUUGUCCGUUUAGAUAGCGGCUCUCCGUUAGCGAUGGGCUUCUUCGUACUCACCAACACCUGUCUAUGGAUGGUGUAUCUAUGGGUUUUGCUGUGGCCCAACAGCGCUGCCACGAAAAUGCACCGAAAAGCAAAGCACAUCGAGGAAGAGCCAGCUUCAGUCUUGAACGCUGCUGCUACAAUAGUAUGGCUACUUCUUCUACUCGGGAUCUUCGCCGCAUGUUCCAAACCGGACCCCCUCAGACGUCGAAUCGAUCGCGCAAGAGCACGGCAGCUGCGCGUUCAGCCUGUGGGCCUUGGCUUCUGGUAUGCCACGCAGUGCAUAAUCCUCGCCCUUCGCCUAGCUGUGUUUAUUGUCUCGCUCUCAUCAUCUCUGUCGCCCAGAUUGUUCAUGGUGGCAUUGGAGUGGAUCGAAUCUGGUACGGGAAAGCGGGGGCUGGAGCUUUAUCAGCUUGCAGCUGUGUCGAUGUUGGUGAGCGAAGUAGGCUUGACAGCGCUAGCCACGUUUCAGAUUGGACUUCGGACGCCGACGCCUCUGCAGCUCGUAUCGCGACCGAUCAUUUCAGACGAAGUAUCAUCGAAGAUGUCGGCUCGAAAUGACGACGCUUUGCUUUUGAGCCUCAGCUUGGACGACCAAGCUACACGACCAUCUUUGGCAUUCGAUGCAGCACCGGACAAUCAUCAUAAUCCUGUCUCUGAAAAAGAAGUCACAAUACCUCGGGUGGAUCGCGAUGCAGAUGGCGAUGCUGUCAUGGAGGAUGCCGCAACGUAUGUGGCUCGCCGAACAUCUCAAUCUUGGGAAGACGAGUCGGAUCAAGACCCUAUCCAUGUGGGUGGGCAGCCCGCUUCCUCAUGGUCGAGCCAGUUAUCGCAAAGAGCAGCACUCAAGCAGCCCAAUCUCUUCAAUGGUUCCAAUCAAACCCCAUCUUCAAUGCGGAGCGGUGCAGCUCGCUCUUCGAGAUACAACGACUUCCAGCUAGGUCCGCAGAGAUUCUGGGAGCCACAAAAGCCGACUGGUUUGGAAGACGUGUUUGUUCGAGCAGUAUCGCUCCAUGACAAACCACAACCCAGCGAGCAUCACAAACACAAUGCCGGCGGCUCUGGCAAGUGGAGUCAGUGGUUCGGCUUCUCCUGA